GUUUGUAUACAUGGCCACCCCCUCCCUUCCCAUCACCCCCCCUACAGUCAGUGCACAGAUCGAAGGGCCGCCUGUCACUCGUAUUUUCCUGCUAUUUUCUGGACAAAGACACACGUACACCCUUCACUAUGGCGGGCGGCAUGGACCGGGCGGGAAAGAUUCCGAAGCUGAGGGAUGCAGAGUCAGAGGCAUUGCUGGGCAGUGUGUGGGGUGUGUCUGGGCCAGUGGUGACGGCCAAGAACAUGAGUGGGUCAGCUAUGUACGAGCUGGUGCGUGUGGGCCAUCAGGAGCUGGUGGGGGAGAUCAUCCGACUUGAGGGAGACAUGGCCACCAUCCAGGUGUACGAAGAUACAUCAGGGGUGACAGUGGGCGACCCUGUGAUGAAGACCGGCAAGCCCCUCUCGGUGGAGCUGGGGCCGGGCAUCAUGGGUAACAUCUACGACGGCAUUCAGCGACCUCUGCAGGAAAUCUGUGACAUUACCCAGUCCAUCUACAUCCCCAAGGGCAUCUCCACCCCCGCCCUCUCCCGCUCCAAGAUGUGGGGGUUCCAGCCAGAGAAAGGGAUCAAGGUUGGCAGCCACAUCACAGGGGGCGACCUUUUUGGCACUGUGGCGGAGAACUCCAUCAUUGACCACAGGAUCAUCCUGCCCCCAAAGGCCCGCGGCACUGUCACCUACCUGGCCGCCCCGGGGAACUACACCGUCGACGAAACUGUGCUGGAGGUGGAGUUUGAUGGGGAGAAGCACAAGUACUCCAUGAUGCAGGUAUGGCCCGUGCGUCAACCUCGUCCAGUGAGUGAGAAGCUGCAUGCCAACCACCCACUGCUGACAGGACAAAGGGUGCUGGAUGCCCUCUUCCCGUGCGUCCAGGGUGGCACCACGGCCAUCCCUGGUGCCUUCGGAUGUGGCAAGACCUGCAUCUCCCAGGCUCUCUCCAAGUACUCCAACUCAAAUGUCAUUAUCUAUGUUGGAUGUGGAGAGCGAGGCAACGAGAUGGCUGAGGUGCUGCGUGACUUCCCUGAGCUGGAGUUGGAGGUGAAUGGCAAGAAGGAGUCCAUCAUGAAGCGCACGUCACUGGUGGCCAACACAUCCAACAUGCCCGUGGCUGCCCGAGAGGCCUCCAUCUACACCGGCAUCACACUGUCCGAGUACUUCCGUGACAUGGGCCUGCAUGUGUCCAUGAUGGCCGACAGUACCUCCCGCUGGGCCGAGGCUCUUAGGGAGAUCUCAGGUCUCGCUGAAAUGCCUGCCGACUCUGGCUACCCGGCCUACCUCGGCGCACGUCUGGCCUCCUUCUACGAGCGUGCUGGCCGCGUUAAGUGCUUGGGCAACCCCGAGAGAGAAGGCUCCGUCACCAUCGUGGGCGCUGUGUCCCCCCCUGGUGGUGACUUCUCCGACCCUGUCACCUCCGCCACACUGGGCAUUGUGCAGGUGUUCUGGGGUCUGGACAAGAAGCUGGCCCAACGCAAGCACUUCCCCUCCGUCAAUUGGCUGCAGUCCUACUCCAAGUACCUCCGUGCCCUCGAGGAGUUCUAUGACUUGCAGUACCCAGAGUUUGUCAGCUACAGGACCAAGGUGAAGGAGAUCCUGCAGGAGGAGGAUGACUUGGCAGAAAUUGUGCAGCUGGUAGGCAAGGCUUCCCUCUCAGACGCAGACAAGAUCACGCUGGAGGUGGCUCGCAUCAUCAAGGACGACUUCCUGCAGCAAAACUCAUACACGCCAUAUGAUCGCUUCUGUCCCUUCUACAAGACAGUGGCCAUGAUGAGGAACAUUGUGGCCUUCUACGACAUGUCCCGCCAGAUUGUCAACCGCACGGCACAAAGUGAUAACAAGGUGACUUGGCAAAUCAUCCGUGACUCAAUGGGGCAGAUCCUGUACGAACUUUCCUCCAUGAAGUUCAAGGACACCUUCAAGGAGGGCGAGGCAAAGGUCAAGAAGGACUUUGACGAGAUCUACGAGAACAUCCAGCUGGCCUUCAGGAACCUAGAGGACUAAGGCAGCGGCGGCGGCAGCGACAGCAGCAGUGCCAAGACAGGACUCCCCUCUCUGUCUCCUGUCAUGAUUGUUCUUUGUUUGUCUGAGUCAGAGUGUUGGUGGGCUUGCUGGACUCAGGGCUGCUGGGUGGCCGGGCUGAGACACUGGGUAGUCAUGCAUAAUGUAGGUUAGUGACUUAAAACGUGUAAAGAAAGCACUGUAAUGUGUGUGAGUGUGAGUGUGUGGCAGGGGUUGAGGUAGGUGAGGACACAGACACACACACACCAUCACUGCCUCACAAUCACCUCAAAUACUUAAUCUUUCCUUCACAAACAGUCAAAGUGGCAACAUUGUGACCAAAGCCUUUAGACAUGUAAAAAACUGAACCGUUCACACACACACACACACACUCACACAAUCUGCAUCUUUAAGUAAAUAAAUGAUGAUGGAAAUACAAAACAAAUUUAUUACACAUUUAAGGCAACUAGCAGUCAAAUGGACCUUUUCACACACACACACACACACACACACACACACACUCUGCCUCUCUAAGUAAACAAGAGAUGAUGGGAAUACAAAGCAAAUUUACCACAAUUAAGGGAACUGGCAUAUCGAGUGGGCCUUUUUAAAAUUUUUGUUGCCCUUGGCCAGCUUCCCUUCUUGCAUAGAAGAAAAGGAAAUAAAAAUCAACUAAGCAGAGAGUGAGAGAGUGAGGCAGUGGUGACAAUAGUGCUGUCUCUAGUCCUCAUCUGCCUGAGUUCCUGCCACAAGCUAGGUGGAGCAGAGCCUCUCAUGACAACACAGCAUCUGACCAUCCCUUCCUGUUUGCCUGUUUGUUGGUGGGUUUGGCAGCUGGGAGGUGUAGUGGUGCAUAAUGUAGUGUAGUGAGCUAGUGUGUAGUGUCAGGGGGACUUAAUGUAAAGGGUUGUGUAUGUAAGUGUGUGCUAGACUGAGGUUUACGUAUUUCUAAAGGGGAAAUGUAUAACUGAGUGAACAAAUGGAAGAAAAGGAAGGUCAAAUUGAGGGAUUUUAAAGUCUAAAGAGGAAAUAUAUGAGUUAUGAAGAAAUAGAAGGAAAAGGAGGUUAGAUUAAUGCUUUCUUAAUUCUAAAGAGGAAAUAUAUGAGGAAAUUAGCAAAUAGAAGGAGAGGAGGGAAGUAUUUAUUAGUAAAUUUGGACAGUGAAGAAAGGUGUUUUGUGGUGAAUUAAAAAAAAAAUAUAUAUAAGACAGAUUAGGGUUUUAAAACAGCAGGAAGAAGUAAAACACCUGAGUUAUAUUAGUAAAAUGAACCAAAAGGAGGAGGAUGUAGGGAAAAGCAUAAAAGAAGAGAGAAAAGAAAAAAAUAAAUAUCAUAAAAUGUAAAAUGAAGGAGUAAUGAAGUAAAUAAAUGAUAAAUUGGAAAAAAGGACAAAAUCAAGGAAGAAUUUAAACAACAAUAAAAAUGAGUAUGAGGCAACAGAAGACAUGCACUGGAAAUAGACCCAAAUUAAACAGAGAUGGGAUAGGCAGUAAUAGAGAGAGAGAGAGAGAGAGAGAGAGAGAGCAAAUGAGAGCAAGCAAUCAAGCCAGCACCCACGCAGUAUUGGUGAGGUAAGAGAGGCCUUCCCAAGCAGCACUGUAGUCACCAGUCACCAGUCCUUGCCUUGUGGUGACCUUAUAUUUAUACAGCAAGAGAGAGAGAAGAGUGUGGUGGGAUUCCAUGUACAUAGAAUCAAGUAUUGUUAUAUUAAGUUGUUCGUGCAAUGUAUAAAAAAAAAGUCCACACCAGCUGGGCCUCCUUUGUUGUUGUUGUUGAUUACUCUCCGGUGUUGUGGUGUAGAUGUAGGGUAAAUAGUGCCGUUAACAGUGCCGUGGUGUGGCGUGGUGUUGUGUCACGUCGCGCCACGGCCAGAACAAAUUAAUCCUCCGUGCACAAGUGUCCGAAAAUAGAAAGAAAGUAAUUAAUGGCGGGAUCAUAGUUGUACGUACAUUCCAGACCAGCUGUAUGAAGUGUCUGUGUAUAUUUGUGUAUUUCACUGUGUAUAAAGAGACUUGGUGGGAA